CUAUUCUCGAGACGCCGUAGUCCGCGGCCGGAGCUCCCAAACCGCGCCCGCGUUUUCACAUUUUGCAUUUUUCCAGUAUAAAUGAGUAAAAAUUAACUAUUAGUGACAGUGUGGCAAUAGGUGCAGGGGAUUUUGACACAUGUGGCAGAAGGGAAUAAGGUUCGAUACAGCGUGGCAUAAGCCUGGGUAGUUCAGUUUUCCUUUGUGCGACGGAAUGACAGGGCUGUGUGUUGGUAUGUGACGCGGGCGAGUGAGCGGCAUGCGGGCCCAGCGCUCGAGGCGGGCGGCGCUCGCCGCGCUCGCGGCGCUGCUCGCGCUCGGGCCCUGCUCGGCUGAGCUUGAAGUCACCACCUCAGCUGCGUUUGAUCCAUCAAAACGCGGCACCAUGAUGUACGGGGACACUUGCUCAACGGUGGUGGACUGCGGGUUCGCGGAGUCGGUGUGCGACUCGAUUCUCAAGACCUGCCGCUGCCACCCUGAGUUCCAAGCGACCAACCACGUUGACAAAUGUGGGAGACCGGCUGGCAUCAACGAAACUUGCUCAUUCAAUGAACAAUGCGAUGAGAUGGUGCGGAUGACUGAAUGCAGGAACGAGCGCUGCGUCUGUCUCUACGAGAUGGUCGCUGAACUAAGCGUUGAUGGACUAUUCGUUUGUAACCCGGUGAAGCAGAUAGAAGAACCGAUAAGGACUCUGGAUCCGGCUAUGAUUGGCGUGUUGGUGGGGAUGGCUCUGAUGUUUGUCAUUAUUUGCGUUGUGCUACGUCUGUUCAGCAGAGCCAGAUGGAGAGAGAACCGCACCAUCUUCAACACGCCAAAUCCUCGUCUCAUGAAUGUAUCGCUACUCCGAGAUUCAAAGCUUCUGCAUUCACAGGACCGUCGUGGGUCUCGAGUAAGCAUGCGCCCACCAUCACGACAGGCGAGUCAACAAGAGCUGAGACCUCACUCUCCAAGCCCUGCACGACCCCACCAAAGCCAUCAGAUACACCGAAAACCUUCAGGCUCAAGGCGUGGAUCGAGAGCUAGUAGCGGCCAUUCAGCGACUUCCUUAAGAUCAGCCACAUUAAGGUCUCCUACCACUCAAGGACCAACAUCAGUAACUGUUGAAAUACGUGCACCUGAUGCUUAGGCAUUGGGAAACACAGAAGUGACAAAUUCGUCAACUAAAAUAUAUAUAUAGGUAUCGAAAACAAACAAAAAAUGCUUUGGGUAAAAUUAAAGAUUAUAAUUAUUUAAGGAAAAGAUGUAAUGUAAAAAUCCAUUUUUAAAACAAGAAUGUGACUGGAAAAUCCACGCAUUGUUUUGAAAGUUGAAAUAACAUUCAGUCCAAAUGCUUACAAUGUUUGUGAUAAACUUCGACAUUAUAUGACAUUAUAUUUAGCUUAUAUUAAAAAAAAAAAAACAAAUAAUAAAGACUUUUGCCAUUUGUAGCAAUAAAAUUUGAGCACUAUUGUAUGUGUUACUUCAGUCACAUAAGAAGUGCCUCUUAUUAAAAUGCGUGAAGUUUGUCAGUCAUAAAUUAAUAUAUAAGCGAGUAAAAUUAAAUAAUAUAAACACAAUAAUAUAAUUAAAUAUAUUAAACACAUAGAUUUAUAAAAACAGUUUAUCUACAAAUAGUCUUAUUACUCUCGAUUCAAAAAAUAGACACAAUUUAUAUUAUAAGUAUAGAGCACUUAAAUUCAACGAUAUUCAUAGAUAUAUAAGUUAGUUAAUAAUAUAAUAUAGUGAGUGGAAAAUUUUAGCUUUUUGGCGAUGAAUUAUGCUUUUCGCCAUUUUUGUAGGUGGAUAGUUUAAAGUUUAGUAUUAAAUUAAGUUACAGACGUUAAUUAAUUGAUCUUCUUUUUCCGAUAUUCUUGUAAGAGUGCUAGAUUUGUGAUUCCCUGCCUUAGAUGUUUAAUUAGGUCACAGUUCUAAGUAAGCGAAACAAAUUAGAUCUAAAACUUAUUUACGGGGACCACCUCCUUAGACGGGAGUGCUCUGAGAUUUGAUUUAGGAUGGAUGUAAUAAGUUGUAGAAGGAAUGCUUCGAUGCCGCUUCGAGUAAAUUUAAGACUUUCGAAUUUUAGCUUUAAUCUGAAUGAGGAGAAGCUUUUCGUAAAACCAUUUCUACGAGAGAGAGUUGUGAAUCGAUUUUAAGUAAAUUGACCGUUUUGUUUUCUCCUUUUAGUGUUUCCUUACUAAUGUAACGAGAUGUGUAAAGUCGGGGAAAUUUACACAUAUUAGAACUAAGGCUUCUCUGCACUGUGGAAGCUUAGACCAAUGAACUUCGCAGAAGCGCACAAGCGUUUGCCGUAACCUAAUUUAGAAGAUCUACUACGAAAUAACUUGUAAUCUAUCAUUAAAAGCAUCUUAGAUAAAAGAUCAUCUUCAUCAAGUACGGGUUGAACAGCAAUUAGGGGAAGAAUUGAUGUAUGAUCCGUACAAUUAAAAACACCAUUGUCACUUUCGGAUAAUGCAAGUCGUAAUUACGAAGAAGUAAGCUAUUUGUAUUUUUAAAAUGAAUAACUAUGCUCACAAUCUGAUAUUAUAUAUUUCAAACACUGUGCUAGUUUAUAUAUCUAUUAAAAAUGCUGUAAUUUACUUAUAUGAACUUUUAUUAUAACUUAUACUUCUGAG